UGGGAAGAGAUCUAGGUGAUUUCAAAAUGGCGGCUCGAAAUCUUCUCAGGGCUGCUGCUUCAUGCAGACGAAAUCUCGCUUUCAGUACGACUUUUACUCGGAACCAAAGCAUAUUCACGAAGUACAGAGAACCGCCUAACGGUUUCCUAUUCAACGAGAAGCCCUUAAAACCAGGAGAGAAGAGAAAAUGGGAAGACUGGGAAGAGCCUUGGUACAGAUGGUGGGCUCUCAUUCUAGUUUCAAUUCCUGUUUUGUUCUACUACAAGCCUGAAACUAGACCUGAAGUAUGGGCAAGGAAGAAGGCGCACGAGAUAGUAGCUGCUCGUGACGCUGCUGAUGCUGAGGCUGCUGCACGGGGUGAAUCUGUGGAUGAAGGAGAAGACAUUGGAGAUUUUAAACUGAGUGAACUUAGAAGACUUCCCUGAAACAUGUUUAUUUGUUGUAAUUAUAUAUAUUUUUACCAGAAACAUUUGAGACAAUUAAUACAGUGAAUUUUGGCUAAUUGUGGCAAAAUGCAACUUCAGUUUGAGUAUAGUAACCUUUCCUUGUAAGUGGCUGUAAUCAUCUUGUGACUGGUUUUUAAAUCACAGUGUUCUAGUGAGCUGUAAUAGAUAUACCACCUGGUUUUUCAAAUUAAUUGAUACUACACUUUUGUUGGAUGAGAUAAUCACAGACUCGUCAUUUCCACUAGGACAUCUAUUAGGAAAUUUCAGGAAAGAACAGCUAAUUGUUGAACUUGGCUUUACAAUCUUAAAAGUGCAAAGCAUUGGUCAACUUAGAUGUAUAAUGGGGUGAUGCAAAGCAUUUGCCUUUGUAUCUGAAUUUUCCAGUUUGUUGUUAUUGUUUAUUUCUGUGUAAAUACCACCCCAGGGGCCAGUUUCUAGAAGGUCCUGCUAACUUGGCAGGCCCAUAAAGCUGUUCUGUUUUCAUUCAAAAUAAGGGUUUCAAAAAUUUUGAGAAUCAUGCAAUAAAAUUAGCAGCUUGAAAAACAAAAUUGACCAGUUAGGGUGCCAGAACCUGCUUCUUUAUUCUUUAACUUUUGAUGUUUUAAUAUGUCUUUGGGCCCAUUAAGUUGCUGGGACUUUCAAGAAAUAGGCCCUUGCAGAUAAUCACAACUUGCCUCACAAUGUUGUGUGACAAUGACAAAACAGUGGUAAAAGUGAAGUGAUAUUGGCCAGGGAUAAUAUUUUACAUGUGAUAUUAAAUAAUGGGUCUGUUAUUUUGUUCAGGUUUGUUUUGAUCUUCAGGUAAUGUUUGUAAAUAAAUGUGGUAAAAAUAGAGGAAGUACAGUCAAACCUGUAUUAAGCAGCACCAUAUUAACCCUUUCACCCUUUAGAGUGACCAGCAUCUAAUUUCUCCUCACAAUAUCACCUCCAAAUCACACAUUAAGGUCUUGAGAAUAAAGGAAAUGGUUACCAACUAGAGAAGCUUUGGAUUAUUGCGCACAUUCUCCUUGUCAGCACCUGAGGAAAUGUAUUGGGAACAGUAUGGAGAAUAUGCAUACUGAUAUUAGGGUAUAAACAGUUAAGCUGUCAUCCUGUAGUUCCAAAAUAAUUUUCUCUAGACACUGUCAGAUAGGUUGAAGGUUGGACUUCCAUCUCUCAAGGCUUAUUUCAAGGUAUCAUAGUAAAAAUGUGUGAUGCUCACGUGGUUUUAUUUUACGCGAGAUCUACUUUUUUAUUAAAGGAUACAAUCAACUUUUCUUAUUGAAACAAUUCAACUAAAAUACACAAUUUUUAAAAGCGUU